CCAAACUGCUCUGCCUCCACUUCAUAUAUAGAGAACACAGAACAAAGAGUUAUGGAACUGAGAGAACAUAGAAAGACAAACUGGGCUGUAAGCAACAUGGAACUCUCUAGCUCACUGGUGUUGGUUUUAGUCUUGGCUGUGUUGAUGUUGGUCUGGUGGAAGAGGAAGGCGAGUGGACUUUCAUUGCCCCCGGGGCCACUGGCACUGCCACUGAUUGGCAACUUACCAAUCAUGGACAAGCAUGCACCCUUUAAAAGCUUUAUGCAGUGGAGCAAAACCUAUGGGACUGUAAUGACGGUGUACCUCGGGCCUCAAAGAAUGGUGGUUCUGGUCGGUUAUGAUACAGUGAAAGAGGCUCUAGUGGACCAGGCAGAGCACUUUACAGGCCGAGCACCCGUUCCAUUUCUGAUCAAAAUUCUGAGAGGCUACGGUUUGACCAUUAGUAAUGGAGAUCGCUGGCGUCAACUGAGGCGGUUCACUCUCACCACGCUAAGGGAUUUUGGAAUGGGACGCAAACGAAUGGAACAGUGGAUUCAAGAAGAGAACAGACAUUUGCUGAAGAGCUUUGAGGAAACCAAAUCAACACCAGUUGACCCAGCCUUCUUCCUGAGCCGGGCUGUGUCCAACGUGAUCUGUUCAUUGGUGUUUGGGCAGCGCUUUGAUUAUGAAGACAAAAACUUCCUGCACUUGCUCCAGAUCAUCUCCAGGCUUGUGCGCUUUAUCAGCAGCCCCCAGGGUCAGCUGUACAACAUCUUUCCUAAACUAAUGCAACUCUUGCCUGGUAGACAUCAUGCCAUGUUUAAAGAGAUAGAAGACAUCAAAGCCUUCGUCUUGAAGAAAAUCAAGGAACAUGAGGAAAAUUUGGAUUUUGGUGACCAAAAGGACUUUAUUGACUGCUUUCUUAUCAAACUCAAACAGGAGAAACACAAUCCUGACACAGAAUUCCAUAAGGAUAACAUGUUGGGGACCGUUUUGAAUCUGUUCGUAGCUGGUACAGAGACCACCAGCACAACUCUCAGAUAUGCCCUGAUGCUUCUUAUCAAGCACCCCCACAUACAGGAGCAAAUGCAGAGGGAGAUUGACCAAGUUAUUGGACAGAAUAGAAUACCUACAAUGGAUGACAGGAAGUCCCUCCCCUUCACUGAUGCUGUGAUUCAUGAAGUACAGCGCUAUCUUGACAUUGUCCCACUAAAUGUUCCCCAUUAUGCCACACAUGACAUCUCAUUUAGAGGUUACAUAAUACCAAAGGACACAGUAAUUAUUCCCAUGUUGCACUCUGUCCUAAGGGAUGAGGAACAGUGGGAAACUCCUUCGACGUUUAACCCUGAGCACUUUCUGGAUGACAACGGCAACUUUAAAAAGAAUCCAGCAUUUAUCCCCUUUUCUGCAGGUAAACGCUCUUGUGUGGGUGAGUCUUUGGCUCGUAUGGAGCUCUUUCUGUUCAUCGUGUCUCUGCUUCAGAAAUUCAGCUUUAGCAGUCCAAAGGGUCCGGAUGGAGUAGACACCAGUCCUGAAUUCAGCAGCUUUGGCAACAUGCCUCGAUUCUAUGAUCUUAUUGCAUCCCCCCGCUGAGCAAUAGAGAUAUUGCACCUUGUCUCAUUUUACAAAAAUGUGGACAAAAAAGCUGUUUUUAUUUGAAGACUCACAUUAAUGCCAUAGUGCAGUAGUUCUCAAAUUUUCAAGUAAGCCUUUGAUCAAAUCAGAGCACCAAGUACUACCUAAUAACCAAUUCUCUUUGGGCGCAAGAAGCAUUGAAAAUUAGAAGUCAGUCACCCAAGCAAAAUUUCAGGCCACCUAUCUUUGGGUCGUCUUGCAUGGCCAGGGAAAGUGAAAUUAAAUUACUGCUGUGUAUGAAAUAUGUUGUAUAUAGAAACUUUUUGUGC